ACCUGAUGGGGAACUCUGCAGGAUUUAAAAAGCGAAGAACAGCUGAAGGGACAGUAGGAGAAUGGGCCCUACAGUUCUACUACAAAUGGUUAUUGUACUUUCAAAAUGAAUUAUUCGUAUCAGUUUCGAGGAAUUUUCAGUUUUGCUAUCAAUAUAAAAGAAAAGCAGCGAAAACUAUCGACAUUCUGUCCUGACAAUCCAUCAUUGAGGCGCUUUGGAUUCAAGCGCUUGCAGGAUACGCUAAAGUAUUAUCCAAAACUCUGGAAUGUGAAAUGUCCUUGUGGAGCAGUCAGGCGUGAGGAAAAUGUUUCUAAUUGUCAUGUAUAUCUGGAGCUAGAUUGCAGAGAGAGAGCAACCGAUCCUGGUCGUACUUGCAAGCUCUACGAUCUGCCUACAUCUUUGAACUUGAGCAGAGAAUACAGAUUAGCUGGAGUCGUCUCAUACGAUGGGACCUAUGAUCAUUUCGUGGCCUAUUGUUGCCGUUGUACUGGAACGUGGGAGUACCAUGAUGAACUACUCAGUAAAGUAAAACCUGUGAAAGGAAAUCCGGUGAUACAACCUGAAUGUGCCUUAUAUCUGAUUAAUCAGUGAGCAGGAACGUUCACUACGCUCAACAUUUCAGU